AUGAGAGCCACCCACCUUCUACUAUUGCCCGCCAUCGGCACUGCUUUUGUCAUUCCUGACCAAGAGGUCUUCUCAUCCUUAGCUGUCGAAAAUACAACGCCGUCAUCCAAAUCAUCAUGGCUUGAUAGUGCUUCCAGCCCGCAUGAAGCAUGGGAGAUAGAUGAGGAGACCGUCAGCAAGACAUUCAACUGUGCAAAGAAUACAUGGGAAAAUGCAGUGAAUCAUGCUGAAGAUUACGCUGUCAAUAUCAAAGACAACUUCCAAGAAGCUUUUGCUGGCGAGAGCUGGCUCGAGUCUGCCGAUUACGAGACAGAUCUCUUCGAUAGACCACCUCACCAUGGACCUCAUCACCCCCACGAACCUCACCACCCUCCUCAUCACGGAAAACCGAGCAAAACGGUGUAUGAGCUUAUCAACGAGUCGAAAUAUACCACAAAGCUUGCCAAGCUGAUCAAUGAAAAUGAAGAGCUCGUCACCCUCCUUAAUGGCACAACAUCCAAUUUCACUAUCUUUGCCCCAAUCGACUCCGCCUUCGCAAAGAUUCCCGACGACCAUAAGGAACCAUCGAAGGAAUUUAUCGAGAAACUCCUCACCUACCACAUAUCUCCAGAAUUUUACCCUGCUGGCCGUGUUCUUGUUUCUCGCACCAUUCCCACUGCCCUCGGCGGCGAAUACCUCGGAGGCGCGCCUCAACGCCUUAGUACGCAGAUUUCCCUAAGGGGCUUGACCGUCAAUUUCUAUGCGCGCAUCGUCGCCAUCGACAUCUUCGGCACGAACGGCGUCAUUCAUGGACUUGGUAGCAUCCUACUCCCACCCCCAAUAACCACUGACAUUAUUUCCUUCCUACCCAGCGAGUUCAGUACCCUCGAGCUCGGUCUCCUCAAGACGGGGCUCAUAGAUCACCUCAACAAACCCUCCACCCACGUCGGUGGCACACUUUUUGCACCUUCCAACUUCGCCUUUCAACGUCUCGGUCCAAGAAUCAAUGCAUUCCUUUUCAGCAAGUACGGCGAGAAAUACCUCGCCGCUUUGCUCAAGUACCACGUUGUCAGCAAUUACACCCUCUACUCUGAUGCUUUCUACAAACAUUCUUCCCUCCAGGACGUAGACGACAUGGAUUGCGACCACCGUAUACCAAAGGGCGUUUUCCAUGUCGAUCUCCCUACGCUCUUGGACGACAAGUCCCUCAGCAUCGAUGUGGCGAGGUACGCUCGCUUCAUCACUAUCAAGAUCAACGGCUUCAACAGAGUUGCUAUUCCCGACGGCAUUGCAGCCGAUGGUGUUAUCCAUGUAGUCCCAACCGUACUCAUUCCGCCCAGGACUCCUGGUGCUCAGGGCGUGAGUGCAGAGGGCAUGGAACUCGAGGAAUUUAUGGAAAGGCUUGAGCCAUUCGUGGAGUUAGGUGACGUGAGUAUCGAGUUGUAG